AUGAAGUUGAAAAUAAUGUUCUACGAAAUCCUGCCGAUGAUGAUGAUGAUGAUGAUGACGGUGUUGGUGGUGGUGUUGAUACAACAACAACAAAAGACAGCAUCAAUACGGACAAAAACACCGACAACAACUAACGAGAAUAUGACUAAGCAUAUCUACAAUAGGAGAGUGAAUGAAGUGUCAAGAAGAGAAACAGUUGUUGAAUUAGGCGGUUUAGAAUUACCUAUGUCUGAAGGUGAAUUAUCUGAAAUUGAACGUAUCUAUCUGUAUGCUGCUGAACAAGGCGAUUUAGCUACAAUUAAACAAUUGACUGAUGAAUCAACUGAUUUAAAGUUAAAUUUGAAUUGUACUGAUACACUUGGACGUGAUGUACUGCGUAUUGCUAUUGAAAAUGAACAUAUGGAAUUGUUGCAAUUUCUUGUAGCUAUACCAGCGCUUGACUUGAAAGACUGUCUGUUACAUGCUAUCAAUGAAGAUAAUGUUUCAGCUGUUGAAAUUAUUUUACAAGCACAAAAUGAAAGAGCAAGUAAAAAAGAUUUAAGAGGAUUACUUGGACGUUUCCAGUCCUCAAUGUUUACACCAGAUAUUAAUGGUAUUAUUCUAGCAGCACAUCGUGAUAAUUAUGUCAUUUUAAAGUUAUUACUUGAUCGUGGUGAUCGUAUUCCAAAGCCGCAUGAUUUACGCUGUGCAUGUAAUCUAUGUACACAGGCGAGACGAGAAGAUGGACUACAACAUUCAAAGUUAAGAAUUAAUACAUAUCGAGCUUUAACAAGUCCAUCAUUUAUAAUAUUAACAAGUAAUGAUCCAAUUUUAACAGCAUUUGAAUUAAGUUGGGAAUUGAAGAAAUUAGGUCAACUGGAAAAUGAAUUUCGAUCUGAUUAUGAAGAAAUGGAAGCGAAAUGUCAACAAUUUGCUACUGAUAUGUUAGCACAAACACGUAGUUCAGCUGAAUUGUCAGUUGUACUGAAUCAUGAUACUGGAGGGGAUUCAACCGGUUGUCAUGUUGGUGGAAUAGAUCGACAAUCCUAUUCUGGUGAUAUUAGUGAACGUAUGCAACUGUCACGAUUGAAAUUAGCUAUUAGAUAUGAACAAAAAAAGUUUGUAGCCCACCCGCAUUGUCAACAAUUAUUAGCUGCAAUCUGGUAUGAAGGUCUACCUGGAUUUCGUCAGAAGCCAAUGUUUGCCCAGUUAACAACUAUCGGUGUAUUAUGUUCAAUGUUUCCAAUAUUGGCUACAUUUUAUAUGUUAGCACCACAUUCAAAAAUGGGUAGUAUGAUGAAGAAACCAUUUAUUAAGUUUUUAUGUCAUAGUAGUUCAUAUUUAUCAUUUCUAGCUCUGCUUACACUGGCUGCUAUACGUGUUGAAUUCCUGCUAACAAAUUCUAUGGAUCAACGAAUGCAUGAUCGUGGACCUCCGCCGUCACUGACAGAAUCAGCUUUAAUCAUUUAUGUUAUAGGUUUUGUUUGGCAACAAAUGAAAAAGCUCUAUAUAUGGGGUUUAAGAGCUCAUUUAACAGAUAUGUGGAAUCUUGUGGAUUUUGUUAUGAAUUCACUAUACAUAUCAACGAUAUCGCUAAGAACAGUAGCUUGGGCUAGAACAGUGUUUUACGAUGAACCACGUUAUGUGAACCGUGGCCAAUGGGAUUCAUUUGAUCCAGUUCUUGUUUCCGAGUGUCUGUUUGCUGCGGCGAACAUCGUGUCAACAUUGAAAUUAGUUUAUGUCUUUACAGUUAGUCCACAACUUGGUCCAUUGCAAAUCUCCCUUGGAAGAAUGUUAUAUGAUAUAUUUCGUUUCUUUUGUGUUUAUUUCCUUGUUCUUGUGGCAUUUGCAUUCGGCUUUAACCAGUUGUAUUGGUUUUAUGCUAAAAAUCGUGCUAGAAAUUGUAAAAAUGUUCAUUUCACUCUGGAAGAAGGUCAAAAAGAUGUUUAUGAUUAUUGUAUUACACGUGGAACAUACUUUACAAAUUUAUUCGAAAUUGUUCAAUCAUUGUACUGGUCUGCAUAUGGUUUAAUCGAUUUGACAAGUUUCAAUUUGGAAUAUCCUCAUGUAUUCACAGAGUUUGUAGGUAAACUAACCUUUGGGACGUAUUCUUACAUCGCUUUCAUUGUGCUGUUGAAUAUGCUGAUUGCAAUGAUGAACAGUUCUUAUGAACAAAUUGUAGGUCAAGUGGAUGUUGAAUGGAAAUUUGCACGAUCAAAGCUAUGGAUCAGCUUUUUUGGUGAAGGUUGUACUGUACCUGUUCCAUUCAACAUAAUACCUACACCAAAAUCAUUUAUGUAUAUGAUGAAUUCAUUGAAAAAAUUGUUUUUAAAUUGUUAUAAAGAGAAAUUACAUCGUAAUAAUUGGGAGACAGUUCGCCAACGUGUAAAACAAGUCAAAGAACGUGAAGCACGUUAUCAAGUUGUAAUGCGUGAAUUAACUAAACGUUAUAUUAUGUACAAACUGAAAUCUGGUGAAAAUGAAACAGUCAGUCCAGAUGACUUGAGUGAAAUUAAAGGCGAUAUCAGCGCAUUCCGACAUGAAUUACUCGAUAUCCUGAAAUCGAAUGGUAUGAAAAUACCAAAUUAUCAUAAAAAAGUUUCUAAACUUCGACGUGGUCGUGACAAUUUCCAAAUUUCUGAAAUACAAGAAAUGGUACGUGGUAAAAAAUCUAGCGAUUCAAUGAAACAAGCAGGUGAACAAAAUCUCGAUGAAGAUAAAGUAGUAAAAUCAUCGAAACCCUUGCUAGGCGAUCAAAUACACUCGCUGAGAAGAAAGGCACCAACUUCUGUAAAGAUGAGUAAAUCGGAUAUGAAUCAAUCCUUAAAAUCUAAUAAUAAUAUUAAUAAUAAUAAUGACAGUGAAAGAGCUGAUCAGAAUGUCACUGAUGCAGGCGGUGGUCCAGUAGAUAAUCCAGCUUUUGAAGGUGAAGAAAUCAUUGGAAGGAAGAAAGUGUUACCUGGUUUAUCUGGCUUGGGAAUAUCAAAGCUGAUUAAAUCAGUUUCAACUCCAGGUCAAGACACCUCCUUUACUUCAGAUGUAACAGUUCAACCAAUUAUUCACCCAACUGUUACACCAUGCACAAGUACUAUAGUAUGUGAAGAAACGUUAGAUUGUACUACUACUACUACUACCGAUCACAAAUUAGUUAGUAGUAUAUCGCCGCCACCACCGUUACCAACGCAACAACCAACAACAUCACAAUCACUGCUUCAAUCAUCAUUUGGAACAAUUAAAUCUUCACUGGACAAAGCAAAAGAUACGCAUGAGACCGGUGUUAAAUCUGUUUUAAAAAAGACUCCAACUGAUGUAAAACAACCAAUUGAAACAAAGAAAUCACCAUUAAAACAAGAUGUUGUUGAAGGGAAAGUUGAUGCUCAAGUUGAAACAUUGAAAACAUCCGCUGACGACAGCAAAGUGAAACAACGUAAAAAGGCGGAUGUUCAACAGACACCACAAUUAUUGGAUAAACGUAGUGAUUUUGUUUAAAUUUUAAAGGACAAUCUAAUGCUUAUUCCUGCUGGAUAGGAUAACUAAAAUUGUCAGUAGUAAAAUGUGUUUUAAGAAAAAAUACAUACAUA